AUGGAGGAAAAGCGUGAAGAGCGGCCUUCGUCACUACAAAUCUGCCAUGAACAAUCUUUAUCUCGAAAUCUCUUAAUCGAGUUGCUUGCGCACCAAUUUGCAUUCCCCGUCAAAUGGAUCGAUACACAAAAUGCAAUUUUUCAAAGCAAACCCCCGGUCAAGCGAGUAAUCGAGAUUGGACCGUCAACAACUCUUACAAAUAUUGCAAAGAGAACUCUUAAGCGCAAUGCUUUGUUUGGAGACAAUUCGAGGACAUUAAUAUCAACGUCAUCUGAUAUGGGAGAGAUUCUAUAUCACUACAAGCAUGAAGAAUCUUUUCCUGUCGAUACGGGUGAAGAUGCAUUUGUCGAUAAAGACGAAUCAUCGAAUAGACUCGAAGUAGCACAGAAGCCUUUGGCUGACCAGCGGGCGCCGGCAGAACUUUUGACGCAAGUGCUUGAUGUUCCACUGUCAGCAGAAGAUGUUGUGUUGGUAGUAGUGGCAAGCAAAUUAAGAGGUCCCGUGUGGAAUAUUGACGGGCUAAAAUCUAUUCGGACAUUAUCUGGAGGAAAAUCCACACUACAAAACGAAAUAGUUGGAGACUUGAGUACAGAGCUUGGAAAACUACCUGAAGGAGUUGAGGAUUAUGCCCUGAACGGAUUGGCAACAACCAUGAAUGAAAGCUACUCUCAUCAACCAAAAGAUUAUAUACAGGGCCUGAUAUCAUCUUUUGUGGCAACAAAAAUGCCGGCCGGCCUUAGCCAGUCCAUGAUCAGGGAUUAUCUGAGCACCAAAUGGGGAUUAGGACAAGGCCGACAGAAUGCAGUCCUUUGCUGGGCAGCAGCAGCUCCUCCUCCGGUGCGCUUUCAAAGUCGCAGAAGUGCCUAUGAGUAUUUCGAAAAAGUCGUGCAUCACUACGCACAGAGAGCUGGUAUUUCAUUACAUCCGAAGGCUGUAGGGAUAGGUAGUGCCAAAGACAAGUCUCCUGUCAUCGACAAGGUAGCAUUUGACACAGCCAUGAAAGAGCAUAGGGAGUACCUCCGCGAGCACAUGGACCUACUAGCAAGGCAUCUGGGCACUGAACCUUCACAAUUUGGGGCUGUCUCCAAUCAAAAUCAACCCUACGACCAGAAUCUCGUUGAACUUGUCUCAACCGAGUUUGAUACUGAGUUUCUAGAUGGCUUAAAACCUCGGUUUGACAAGAGAAAAGAGAGACGAUUCAAUUCCUGGUGGAACUGGGCUCGCGAGGACAUCAUCAACUUAUUUCAUGCGCAAGCACUCCAUGAUUCAUGUGGACCUGAAAUCACCCGCAGUAUCCAACGCAUUCAAAGAAGAUGGGAUCAAAAUUUUGUUCCACUUGUGCAAUAUCUAGGCUCCAUGUCGACCAGCCUAGAGAGAAGUGCAGAUCUCAAAGCACUCAGUCACGAUAUUCUGAAGACUGGUGACGAAGGAAGUGAUAUUUGGCCCAGAUAUGUCUUCGAUGAGCCCUCAUUCGCCCCCAAAACAGCCGUGGAUGAAAAUGGGAACAUUGAAUAUGUACAGGUUCCUCGAUUCAAUGUACAAGAAGGGACAAGCUAUAUCAAUUGGCUAAAACGAGGUUUCUCCAUUCCAGAAUCUAACCUUCAAAUACCUUUCGUUCAUCUCUGUCGGAAAAGCCAAGGAAAUUGGAUAUAUGACGAUUCUAUGACAAAAAAGCUUUUGACUGCUAUUAUGGCUGGAACGACCGAAGGAUACAAUUUUAUUGGGAAGACUGCGCUUGUCACCGGAGCGGGAAAAUCUUCCAUUGGUGCAGAAAUCGUCCGUGGACUCCUCGAAGGAGGCGCUCGAGUGAUCGUGACAACUAGCGGCGAUGUGUCAGUGUCGGCAAAGUUCUUUGAGAGCAUUUACAAAGGUUCCGGAGCACGCCAUUCAGAAUUGAUCAUUCUGCCUUUCAACCAAGGAAGCAAAAAGGAUUGUGAGGAGCUAGUUAGAUAUUUACUCCCUCCAGAAUCUCCGAUCGCUCUAGAUUUCAUUGUUCCAUUUGCAGCUAUUUCGGAGACGGGUCGACAGUUGGAUGAAUUAGAUGGCAGAUCUGAACUUGCACAUCGAAUUAUGCUCGUCAAUCUAUUGCGACUGCUAGGAUAUUUGAAGCAACAUAAAGAGACCCUGGGCUUGAAUACCCAUCCUACCAUGGUCAUCUUACCAUUGUCACCCAAUCAUGGAUCUUUUGGAGGCGAUGGCUUAUACUCCGAAUCAAAGAUUGGGCUAGAGACAUUGUUCAACCGCUGGCACUCCGAGUCCUGGUCCGAUUACUUGACAAUUUGUGGUGCAGUCAUUGGAUGGACACGCGGAACAGCGCUCAUGGCAGACAACAAUAUUUUGGCUGAAGCCGUCGAAGCGCAGGGAACCAUGACAUUCUCCACAUCUGAGAUGGCUCUGAAUAUUCUUUCACUUAUGACACCAAGUAUUGUGAUACUGGCUGAGGACAAGCCAAUCUACGCAGACCUUACUGGUGGUCUAUAUGUUGUGGAAAAUUUAAGAGCGGUACUAAAGACUGCGAGAGAGUCGGUGUCCACAAAAAGCAAUAUUGCAAAAGCUAUAUCCCGAGAACGCUCCAUAUACCGUGAAACCCUUGAUGGAAAAUUGGAUGACACAAUUUUACCAUCGUCAAAACGCCGAGCAUUACUGAAUCUCAAAUUUCCUGAAUUGCCGACCUUCGCAAGCCUAAGAGCUGAAAGCAAGGCUGUUAGCAGUAUGGUGGAUCUCAAGCACACCAUUGUGAUUGCAGGAUAUUCAGAGCUGGGGCCAUGGGGAAAUUCACGUACAAGGUGGGAGAUGGAGUAUCAGGGAGAGCUCACCCUUGAGGGUUAUGUUGAAAUGGCAUGGUUGAUGGGCCUUAUAAAACGCAAACAGGGACCUGAGCAGUACGCAACGUCUUGGGUAGAUACUGAAUCUGAACAAUCGAUUGAUGAAAGCGACAUACCUGAGCGUUACCAUCAACGGAUUAUGAAUCACUCAGGGAUCCGGGUAAUAGAGCCGGAGGGCUUGGGGGGGUAUGACCCCAAAGCAAAAGAGAUCUUGCAGGAGAUUGUUGUGCAGAAAGACUUGCCUGUGUUUGAUGCCUCAAAAUCCGAUGCAGAGGCUUAUAAACGACGUCACGGCAAUCAUGUCACGAUUUUUCCAAAAGAUGAUGACUCCAACGAGUUCUCUGUACAAAUUAAACAGGGUGCGCAGCUACUUGUACCUAAGGCCAUACCGUUUGACCGCAGAGUCGCUGGACAGCUGCCUAAGGGCUGGAACGCACAACGAUACGGCAUACCAGAGGACAUCAUCUCUCAGGUAGACCCGAUUACACUUUAUAUUCUUUGUUGCGUCGCAGAAGCAUUUCUCAGUGCUGGUAUCAAGGAUCCUUUUGAACUGUAUCAGCAUGUUCAUCUCACCGAGAUUGCAAAUUGCCUGGGCACCGGAGUAGGCGGGCUGACAUCGAUGCGUGGUGUAUAUCGUGAUCGUUAUAUGGGAAAGUCGAUCCCCAAUGAUAUCUUACAGGAGUCAUUCCAGAAUUCUCAUGGGGCUUGGGCAAAUAUGCUUCUCUUAGGGGCAACGGGUCCGAUUCGUUCACCGGUGGGCACCUGCGCCACUGGGGUAGAAUCUCUUGACAGUGGUUGUGAAGCAAUCAGGUCCGGUAAUGCCAAAAUAGCAAUUGUUGGUGGGUCAGACGAUUUCCAAGAGGAGCUGUCUUACGAGUUUGCAAACAUGAAAGCUACUACUAGUUCAGAGGAACAACUUAAGGCUGGCAGAAACCCAAAGGAUAUGUCCCGACCCAUGACCUCGUCUCGCGCAGGGUUUAUCGAGUCAGCUGGAUGCGGUGUUCAGGUUCUCGCCACAGCAGAGCUUGCCUUAAGGCUAGGCCUACCCAUCUAUGGCAUCGUAGCCUAUAGCCAAAUGGCAGGGGAUACCGUUGGCCGUUCAGUUCCGGCUCCGGGAAAAGGUGUCUUGACAGCCGCCAGAGAAGCCUCUGGGAGAAUUCCUGUACAUUUAGAUUCCCAUCGUUCUGUUUUCGACAAAGAUGAAACCCGGAUCAGAGAAUGGCGUGCGGCAAAAUUUGUCGCAAAGGCCAAUGAACAGCCCACCAGUCUCGAAGACUCUGUCAAUGCACUGGCAAACAUAGAGUUGCGGGAUCACCGAAGCCCAUGUCCGUGUCACCUUAGGGGCUUGGAUCAUCGAAUUUCCCCGAUCAGGUCUGCGCUGGCCAUCUGGGGUCUUACAAUCGACGACAUUAACAUGGCAUCACUCCACGCUACAUCCACCAAGGCAAAUGAUAAGAACGAGCCGGAAGUUUGGAAUCAGAUGAUGGAUCAUCUCGGCCGGUCUGUAGGAAAUCCGCUUCUCUGCAUAACACAGAAAUAUCUUACUGGACAUCCCAAGGGUGCUGCGGGGUCUUGGAUGCUGAAUGGAGGCCUUCAGGUCCUACAAACAGGCAUCAUCCCCGGAAAUCGCAACGCAGACAAUAUUGAUAGCGCACUGCAACACUUUGAGCAUCUUGUCUUUCCUUCACGUACAAUUCAAACAAGCAACGGAGUAAAGAGUUUCAUGAUGACCUCGUUUGGAUUUGGUCAAAAAGGUGGCUUGGCCCUUUUAGUGGCACCCAGAUACCUUUUCGCAGCGAUUAAUGAAGACGAAUAUCUUUGUUAUAAGACAAGGGCAAAGAAACGGUUUCAACAAGCCGAUAGUGCCUUUGUCAAUCGACUUUUGAACGAAAAUAUCGUUCAAGUUAAGGAAAAACCAGCUUGGUAUAAGACAGGCCCAGAGCUUGUUUUUCUGGACCCAGAGGCACGCGUCAGUCGAGGAGAAGAUGGUAAAUUUUUCUUUGAUCCAGAAAACUUACACCCACUUACUCCGGUAAGUAUGGACUGCAGCGUUGGAUUAAAAAGACACUUGGAUCAUAUUACGACCGGGAUAGAUUUGGAAAAUAUAUCCUCCGUGCCAUCUACAAACAAAGUGUUUGUAAGAAACAAUUUUACUCUCCUAGAAAGGGACUAUUGUGCUAAAGCACCAAAUCCUGCUGCCUCUUUAGCAGGGAAAUGGAGUGCCAAAGAAGCCGUCUUCAAGAGCUUGCAGAUACCAUCACUAGGUCCAGGUCAAUUUCUUCAAGACAUUGAAAUACAAAAUGACAACAGCGGUCGUCCAAUUGUAAAGCUUCAUAAGGGCGUCCUUGAAAUUGCAAGGGAAGAGGGGAUACAAUACAUAAAUGUUAGUAUCACACAUUCAGAAGAUGUGGUUGUGGCUGUGGCUAUUGCCGGUCGGAGCAAAACAAUGUGA